AUGACCGACUACGACUACCCACAAUCACCGACAAUGUCUCAAGACAGACAUAUGGGCUCCAUGGCGGCAGCCCUGAGAAUGAAGUUGGAACAUUUGCCACAGUUAAACAUGCAAAACUUGCAACUUCACCACGCCCAAAAUAAACGCGUCUCCCUCGAAUUGAACUCGGCCUCCUCAUCCCGUUCCGCACACUCCUUCUCCUCUCUAUCAGAAGACACCGAUGCCACAGACCUGACUGUCACCCCUACCAACCGAUCACGAGCAAGCACUUUUGACCACUCCGACCGAAUCACAUCACCUUUGGUCCAAACUGUCCAAUGCAAGCCUCCUCUGAGAGUGGUCCUCGGAACGGCCUCGGUCGGAUCCAGUCUGUCACCGCUCGCCAAGAUCACCACCGUGGAAGACGCCUCUAAAUUUGUCAACCUCUUCCGCUCGAGAGGAUACGCCGAUAUUGACACGGCCAGAGCAUAUCCCGUGGGUCGGGGGGGCACGUGCGAGAAGCUUUUGGGCGAGGAUGAACUCCGAUUAUCGAAAUGGGCCAAUGUGUCCACCAAAGUCUCCAGCUUCAUGCCCGGCUCUCACCGAGCGAAGAACAUCGCCCUGAGCAUUGACAGAUCCCUGGAAGCACUCAACACCGAAUCAGUCGACGUGAUGUAUCUCCACGCUCCCGACCGAGUUACGCCAUUCAAGGAAACCUGUGAGGCCAUGGACAAGGCCUUCCGUGAGGGCAAGUUCGAACGAUUUGGUCUUUCCAACUACUCGGUGGAGGAAGUGGAGGAGAUUGUGCGCAUUUGCGAAGAGAACGGUUAUGUCAAGCCUUCCGUCUAUCAGGGACAAUAUAACCCCAUCUGCCGAGGAGGCGAAGAACGACUGUUCGCCGUCCUUCGCGAGCACAACAUCGCCUUCUACGCCUACAGCCCGUCGGCUUGCGGCUUUUUCUCAAACAAGGUUUCACGAGCAUCCACCCGAGACAAGAACAGCCGAUGGAACAUUGCCUCUCCGCUGGGCGCCAAGUACGCAGGCGAUUACUUCCACGAUCCCCUCUUUGCCGCCGCGGAAAUUGUUCGACAACAAGCAAGAAAGUAUGGUAUCUCCGGCCACGCCGCCGCUCUACGAUGGACCACGUGGCACUCUCAACUGGGCGCCGAAUACGGUGACGCCGUCAUUGUCGGUGCCUCCAAACUGUCCCAACUACAAGAAAAUAUGGACAUCCUGGAACAAGGGCCUCUUCCUGAGCCACUAGUGGAUACUCUGAACGGUGUCUGGGAGGAUGUCCGAGCCUUGGAAAAAGGCCCUCGCUUUUCCUUUGUCUAA